AUGUUUAGUAGCGUAUCAUUUUUGCUCCUCACCCGCAUCUUCGCAUUGUCGUGUCCUAUUUUCGAAGCCUGUGUGAGACGUUACACAUUUGCUGGAGCUAGUAAAGAACGUUGGUCCUGCGAUCAGAGCACUGCAUGUCCACGUCAAUUAUCUCUCACACGCACACGCAGAAUUUUAGAAUGCAUCAAAAAUUCGACGGAUACGUACGUUACAACUGGCAGGGCCAUCAUAGUACUGAUAUCGCAGGAAGCUUGA